UUCCUGGGACGGCAGGUGUUGCCGCGAGCGCCGCGCCCUCGACUCGACGGGCUUCGGAAGCCGGCAGGCGGCAGGAUGAAUGUGGGGGUGGCCCACAGCGAGGUCAACCCCAACACCCGAGUGAUGAGCAGCCGGGGCAUCUGGCUGGCCUACGUCAUCCUGGUGGGCGUGCUGCAUGUGGUUCUGCUCAGCAUCCCCUUCUUCAGCAUCCCCGUCGUCUGGACCCUCACCAACGUCAUCCACAACUUGGCCAUGUAUGUGUUCCUGCAUACGGUGAAAGGGACACCUUUUGAAACCCCUGACCAAGGCAAGUCGCGGCUGCUGACUCACUGGGAACAGAUGGACUACGGGCUGCAAUUCACUUCUUCCCGCAAAUUCCUCAGCAUCUUCCCUAUUGUACUCUACCUUCUGGCCAGUUUCUACACCAAGUAUGAUGCUGCUCACUUCUUCAUCAACACAGCGUCAUUGCUUAGUGUACUCCUGCCUAAGUUGCCCCAAUUCCAUGGAUUUCGUCUCUUUGGCAUCAACAAAUACUAAGGGAUGGGCCAGGGGAAAACCAAACAAAGAGUGGUACCAUACUAUCUUUACCUCGAAAGACCAAUCUAGACCUUUUCUAAACUGUAAGGAUAAAGAUAAUGGACAAUGGGACUCCCUGGACCCAGCCUCAGGUUUCUUUGAAUCAGGGAAGGCCAGUGAGGUAAGGGCCAAAUCAUUCCUCUGCAGUAAGAAAGCCAUGUCUGUGGGCAGCUUAUUUCAUAAUUAAAUUUUUCUAUGCUCUCCACCCUCACAAACUUACAGCAUUUUGCUGUGUUUCCUUUAUAAUAAAGUUCUUUUCCUCUUUUUU